AUGGUGAUUGCUGGCCCGCCUGAGCCGUCGCCAACGCGCGCUGCCGCUGUGUCAGCUGUGGUGCGAAAGUCACCGCCCGCGCCUGUCUCGGUGGUUGCGGCGAUGAAACCCCCGUUGCCGCCUGCCUCGAAGUCUGCUCCAGCGGCUGAUGCACUCCUUGUGGCCCCACCUCCUGAACUCCCGGCUGCAGAGGCUCAGCUGGCUGCCGUGUCUGCUCCGUCCGCUCCUGCUCCGGCGGACCCCGUUCCCGCUCGUCUUCCCGCCGCGGUGGUCCCCCCCGCUGCUGUUGACGCGCCUCUUGCUCCCGUUCGCCUGGAGCCUGAGCGCGUGGCCCCUGCUGCGGUUGUUGCGCCACUUGUCGGCCCCGUCCCUGCUGCCCCGAUGAACGCCGCUGCCCCUGCUGCUGCUGGCGGCGACCUGGUGCUAGCGGCGGUGUCCGCCACCACUGGCGGCCCGGCCCCGGCGCCCCCCCCCCCCCUGUCCGACCCUACUGGUCGAACGGGGCCUCGAUCAACUGGUGCAGCUGUCCCUCACUGA